GCCCUCUAGCGAAGUGUAGCAGCGUCGUUCUCAUCGCUCAAACCACAGAGACAUUAUCAUAACGUCUAUUCUCCAACCAUUGUGUACGACGCUGAAACGUUUCGCCACCGAUUCCUGUUGCAUUGUCUUCUUUCGCUGUUAAGCAUCAUAUUUUCUACAUCGAGAGAUAAGUCUGUCAGUUUAUUUCAUAGAAUCUCGUAGUUUGCGGCACCAGAAUCACUUUCGUUCUUAGAUUUCGGAUUUGAGCAGCAAUGGUGACACCAUUCGGACUGCUUGUUGUGUCUUUACUAGCGCGUCGUCCGCCUUCAGUAGGCCGUGUCUGGUGGUGGAUUGCGACACUGAGUGUACUCGCUGAAAUUUCACUCCUUACUGCUGCAUGGCCAGUUUCUGUCCGCAGUUCGCUUGAGAGGAACGUUGCUUUAAAUAAACCAUGCAACCAAAGUUCAGUUUGGCAUACGGGUGUAGGUCUCUGCGAUAAGGCUGUAAAUGGAAGAUUCGAGGACUAUGAUCAGUUCAGCCAGAGCUCGGACUGCAUUCAUACUUCAGGAUACGACCUGACCCCUUGGUGGACUGUGAAUUUAGGACCAAACUUUUAUAUUCACAAGCUCGUCAUCCAGGGACGCACUGACUUUUACAGAAGAAUGGCGAAUAUGACUGUCCUCUUCGAUGGCAUAGUUCAUGAAAAAUACUCUUUUUCGUUCAGACGGAUGGAAACUUACUUCGAUUCUACGGAAGUUCAAAAAGUACAAAAUGUCACACUCACAAAAAAUGGAUCUAACCCUGAUUUAGUAAUGUUAAACAUAUGCGAGUUGGCAGUUUACGGGUGCAACAGUGAUCGUUGGGGUUUACAAUGUGAAGGUUAUUGUAGUUCGAGGUGCAGAAGUGGAGACGUCCAAUGCGACAGACUUAAUGGUUUCUGUAUAGAGUGCAAAACCAAUACUUGGGGUCGUGAGAGAUGUGAAUACCAGUGUCAUGAAGGGUGCAAACCUCUAGACGUCACCUGCGACAAAGAAACUGGUGUCUGUAUAGAGUGCAAAACCAAUACUUGGGGUCGUGAAAGAUGUGAAAACCAGUGUCCUGAAGGUUGCAAACCUGGAAACGUCACCUGCGACAGAGAAACUGGUAUCUGUAGAGAGUGCAAAACCAAUACUUGGGGUCGUGAAAGAUGUGAAAACCAGUGUCCCGAAGGUUGCAAACCUGGAAAUGUCACAUGCGACAGAGAAACUGGUGUCUGUAUAGAGUGCAAAACCAAUACUUGGGGUCGUGAAAGAUGUGAAAACCAGUGUCCCGAAGGUUGCAAACCUGGAAAUGUCACAUGCGACAGAGAAACUGGUAUCUGUAGAGAAUGCCCUGAUGGAAAGUGGGGAAACAACUGUUCGGAUGUCUGUGGAGAAGGGUGUGAUGAGACCAACUGCAACAGAAACGGAACGUGUAAGUCAUACUGCAUGUCACACUGGAUGCCUCCAAAGUGUGAUGUUUGCGAUCCUGGAAAGUGGGGAGAUGACUGCCUGAAUGACUGUGCAGAGGGCUGUAAGGACGGAGUGUGCAACAAGGCUAAUGGGCAUUGUAAUUGUACAACAACAAAACUGGAACCGCCACUGUGUGGAGGUUGCAAUCCUGGCAAGUGGGGAAAAAACUGUACCGAAGACUGUGGAGUUGGUUGUGAAGGAGAAACAUGCAAGAGGGCUGACGGGUCUUGUGAAUGUCAACCAGGCUGGGGUGGUACAAAAUGUGACGGUCGACCAUGCAAAUGUGGAGAAGAAUGCACAACAAGUCGAAAAUACAUUUUCGCUGAUAUUCCCCGUAAAGUAAACGUCGCAAUAGGUAAACCAUCAAAGGCAAGUACAAUUAAAAAAAUAGACAAUGAUGAUUCAUGCCUUGCCAAUGAUGGCUACUUAUCAACAUCAGAACUCACCACAUGUAUGUCUACUGCUGAAGGAGAUCCUAACCCUUUCUGGGAAGUCGACCUGGGUGGAAACUAUGAAAUUGCUGGAAUCAACAUCGACUUUGACGAUGACAAAAUGAACUUGAAGUCAGGAAUUAGCAUUUUAUUGGAUGGUAAAGAGAUUUUUGUUACCAAUGAUGAAACAACUGAUCCAGCUUAUAUUCCCAACAAUAGGAGAAGAAAUUGGACUGGACAAGUUUUGAAGCUGCAGAGAAAAGGUCCUCGUAAAGAUCCACUAAUGAUAUGCGAAGUUGAAGUGUUUAAUUGCCUGCCAGGAUUUUUUGGCUAUGAAUGCGAAGGAAUCUGCGAGAAACCAGUUUGCGACAAUGCGAGAUUUUGCAGCCGUAUAGAUGGGUCAUGCCAAGAGACGGUUGAAGUUAAAGAGACCAGUGACUGUUCUCCGUUGAUCCUUGUAGCGGGUUAUGUCGUUGGCUUUCUCAUCAUCUCACUCUUCAUCUUUGCUGCAAAAGUUAUUCCGUACAAAAAGAAGUCUAAACCUAAAGCUGUGAAGAAGGAAGCUGAAGGUGAUAAAGAAGAGGAAAAAACUGAAGGGGAAGGAUCUGGAUCUGGAGGUGAUAAAGUAGAAGAAUUGGAAGCUGAAGGUGAUAAAGUAGAGCAAGAAGCGGAAGCUGAAGGUGAAGUUCAAAACGAAGCUAACAGUGAAAUCGAAGAGAGAGAAACUCAGGUGUAAGGGGGAUGACAGAGACGUGUUAAUUUUACGUUUAAUGAGGUUAAAUUAAACUGUUUGUUUGUCUAAUUAGCUAUCAAUAGUAUAUAUAUAUAUAAAUGCUUCAAAUGAAAAGACAAUAUUUAUUGUUAAUACAUUAACUUCGGUUUAUUUCUGGUCACUGAGAGUUCCUCAUAUUUUUUAAACAAUGUAGAUGAUGUCCAGAUUUGACCAUAUUGUCACAAAAAAAACAUUUUAUACGCAUACAUAAGGAACAAGUUUGAUGUGUAUGUAUGAACAACAGUGAAAGGCAGCUAUUUCCAAACUAAUACAUCUAUGACAAAUUUGCUAUGCAAGUUGCAAGGGAGUGAACUAAGUUAUUAUACCUAUAAAGUUGGAAAGUGCAGCUUCGAAUAUAUGUUUACAGAAAUAGUUUAGGUACUUGGAAAUGCUCCAAACAGAUGUAUUUGACAUCUCUUAAGAAGUCAGAAUGAGAAUGCCUGAGAGAAGAGCCCCGAAAAAAAAAAGGAAAUCAGAAGCAAACACACAGACAUGCACACUUCCAUUUCCAAUGCUACGAGAGAAAAAAUUCUUGCUGUUUUGAAUUUGUGAUUAUAAGAUUGUUGAAAUAGUUGAAUUAAGUGGAUUAUUGAAUUCAUUUACAGUUUCAUAAGUUUUGUGACAUUUAUGUUGUUGAAAGGUUGAAAACGUUAAAAUAAAUGUCUUUCAUUGUAA